UGGAAUUCAUGUUGCUUUGGUGACGAAGCAUUCAAUGUGACCAACCUUCUUUCCCUCUGUGAUCUUUGUAUAAAUAGUCCUCUUGAGUCUGGACCCAUCCUUCUCGGUUUACGUUCUCUAGUUUCGGAACAGAUUGUUAUUUUACUCGUUCCAGUUAUUUUCUAUGAACAAAAACUACCUCUGAAGGGUUGAUCGAUCGAUUGAAGUUCAGAUAUAUCUGCUAUCUUGUACAAAUUUCAGUCAUGAACUCGGAAUAUGACUAUCUUUUCAAGCUUCUGCUUAUUGGAGAUUCUGGUGUUGGCAAGUCAUGCCUUCUAUUGCGAUUUGCGGAUGAUUCGUAUUUAGAUAGUUACAUCAGUACUAUUGGUGUUGAUUUUAAAAUCCGCACUGUAGAGCAGGAUGGAAAGACAAUAAAACUCCAAAUAUGGGAUACUGCUGGCCAAGAACGUUUCCGGACAAUUACAAGCAGUUACUACCGUGGUGCACAUGGCAUUAUUAUUGUCUAUGAUGUCACGGACCAAGAAAGCUUCAAAAAUGUCAAGCAAUGGUUGAGUGAGAUUGACCGAUAUGCCAGUGAAAAUGUGAACAAGCUUUUAAUUGGAAACAAGUGUGAUUUAACUACUAAUAAAGUUGUUUCCUAUGAAACUGCGAAGGCAUUUGCAGAUGAGAUAGGCAUCCCAUUCUUGGAAGCAAGUGCUAAGAACGCCACUAACGUUGAGCAAGCAUUUAUGACCAUGACUGCAGAGAUAAAGAACAGGAUGGCAAGUCAACCAGCAACAAAUGUCAACAGACCAGCAACCGUGCAAAUGCGUGGGCAGCCACUCAAUCAAAAGAGCACCUGCUGCUCCACUUGAUUUGGCUUCCUCUUCCUGGAGUGGACCAGGGAAUAUGCUUAUGAGUUAUGGUCAGUGGGUACAUGAAGUUGCAAGCCUGCAGGCUGCAUGAUCACAUGGAGUUUGAAACACCAUAUCCAGUCCCUGGUUAUCUGUAAAAAGAAAAAGGCAAAGGACAUAUUGGUGGUAUAUAAUUAUGUUGGGCAUGGGCAUUCCCGUCUUUGGACUUCUGGAAAUUGUGUUGAACUGAAUAUAGCAGCUGAUAAGCUGAAGUUUGUUACCCAAGUAUUAUUGCAAUCUGAUUGCUUUCUAGUCG